AUGGCAUAAUCUUUAACCUCUGGCUCCUACUACUGGUCCUUUCUCGCAGAGUAGAGCAUGUUUCAUCGCAAUUAUUGGGGACAGUACAUACGGAUGAAUGCAGUUGCGUCAAUUAAAUGGUGGGGGGUAGGAGAGAAAUACCUCUCGUGGGACGGAUGAACUUGACUUUAAGAGGGCACCACUUUUUGCUUUGUGAUUUCUGAAUGAAAUUCUUUGCCUCCGACACCUUGGCAUCCCUGUCGCCAAGACGCCAACGAUGCUCUAGGGACAUACAAGAGAUUUCUACCCGGAGACCAAGGUGGCUGAUGAAGAUAUAUCACUGAAAUGUAGGGACAUGGGUGUCUUUAAUCUUCAGCACCUAGACGAAACCUGCCGUCUUCUUCUCCUUUGCUUUCUCACUGUGUUUUCUGGAUUUUUCUCGGUUGCUUCUGAAGAACCAGGCAUUGUUUUUGUGCCUGGGCCUGACUGAGGUACAAUCUGUCAGAAAGAAGCUCCCCAGGUGGGAGCAUUUUCAUGAGGAUUCUUUGCAAAAGCCCAGAAUAAGGUGGGGAAGCCUUAAAGGAAAGGAAACAUGUUUAAGUCAUGGAGGAGCAAGGAGAAGAAGUUCAAAGCAGUGUUUCAGCUGCAGUUUCAGGCAACCCAGGUACCACAGUUGAAGAAGCCUGCUCUGACUGUGUCUUUGGUGCCGGAGGAUGUUGGGAAGCCCACAUUCAAGUUGCAGAAAACUGCAGUUCAAGAUGGGAACUGCUUGUGGGAGAAUCCUAUAUAUGUGACAGUUAAACUCGUUAGGGAGCCCAAAACAGGAAAGCUGCACGAGAAAAUAUAUCACUUCAUUGUUUCUAGUGGAUCAGCCAAGAAAGAUUAUCUUGGAGAAUCAUCAAUUGAUUUUGCAGAUUUUGCUGACGAAAAUGAACCAAUGACUGUCUCUCUGCCACUGAAGUUUGCAAAUUCUGGUGCAGUUUUACAUAUAACAGUUCAUAAGAUUCAAGGAGGCAUCGAUCAGAGAAACAGGGCAAGUAAUGGAGAAGCAGCACUACCUCAGGAUGAAAGGUUGAUGAGCCUAUCGAGCAAUGAUCGUUCAGACAUAGAUGACAAGAAUUUCGCAGAAGAGAUAGAUGACUUUGAAGAAGAGGACAACUUCAAAGCAUCCAUCGGCUCUAAUGAAAGCAGCUUCAAGUCAGUUGGGAGACAAAACUCGAUGCCUCAGAGGGCAUCGAUUGAUGUAAAUUCAACAACAACAAAGAACCGCCUACACAGAAGAUCUAACACAGAAUGGUCAAUGGCCUCAGCAUCAGACGAAAGUUUAGUUGAUUCAACAAACAGCCCUGGUGAUGAUAAUAACAAUGUUCCAAAACAGUUCCACGAAGGUAGAGAUCAAUCCGUUCAGAAGCUUAAAAGUGAAAUCUUUGGUCUAAUGCGACAGUCAGAGUUAUCAGAAAUGGAAUUGCAGACUCUUCGGAAACAAGUAACGAAAGAGACCAAAAGAGCACAAGAUUUAUCAAAAGAAAUGAUGGACAUUAAGGAGGAGCGAGAUGCACUGGAAAGAGAAUGUGAACAACUCAAGCUCUCGAGGAAGACAGUAGAAGCAGAGGCUCUGGACCGAGUAAAGACAUCAAAUGAAGGGUCAAGGGUGAAGAUAGAAGAGAUGAGGAAGGAGCUUGCCCAUGAAAAGGAGUUGAAGGUCAAUCUCGAGUUGCAGCUACAGAAAACACAAGAAUCAAAUUCGGAGUUGAUUCUAGCUGUGCAGGACCUUGAUGAUAUGUUGAAGGGGAAAAGCAUGGAAAUAUCUAUGCUUACCAGCAAGCUAGAAGAAUCAUAUCAUCAGGAUAAAGAAGUCCACUGCCAAAAGUGUAGUUGCAACACAGAAACCGAUGAAAAUCAAGAUGAUACCACUACCAGUGAAGCGCUGAGAGAACAGAUAGCUGACAUGUCUGACGAAAUAGAGGCCUAUAAGGAGAGCAGGGGAAGGCUAGAGAAGUACAUAGAGCAUCUCACACAAGAUUAUGAGGACCUAAAACAAGAAAACCUUGAGAUCUCCUCUGAGUUAGAGGAGAACAUGGAACAAAAUUUGAAGGUGAAAAAUGAACGUUCUGAACAUUUGGCUAUUAUUGGAGAACUUGAAUCACAGCUAAGGAGAGUAGAGCAUAAGAUGAGAGAGCAGACAGAAGAGCAGUCCGAAUCAUUGCUCCGUAUCAAUGAGCUUGAAGGUCAAGUCAAAGCAUUGGAGAAGGAGCUUGAGAAGCAGGCAGUGGGAUUCGAGAGAGAUCUGUAUGAUUUGACCCAAGCCAAAAUCGAGCAGGAGCAAAGAGCUGUUCGUGCAGAAGAGGCCUUGAGGAAGACAAUGUGGGAAAAUGGCGUCACAGCAGAGCGACUCCAGGAGGAAUUUAAAAAGCUUUCACAGGAAAUGGCAAGUAAAAUUGAAGAUAAUGAGAAGCACAUGACGAGUGUUCACAUGGAAUCAGAAAAGCUCCGGGAGCAAAAUGGGAUCAUGGAAGAAAAGCUUAACAAAGCUUAUGAAGAAGUUACACUAAUCAGAGACCAGAACAAAGUACGAGUGGAAGAACUGUUGACUCAACUUGAUCUCAGGACAAAAAUGAUGGAAGAGAUAUCAUUGGAAGUAGAAGAAAAGUCAAUGCAGCUGGAAAGUGUGCAGAAGCGAGAAAAAGAAAGGCAAGAAGCUUUCUCUAGGGAAAUUCAAAUGCUCAAAGCUAAACUAGAAGCACACACAACAGCAGACACCUCCAAGCAGACAUCACUUGGAGAAACAACACUAGAGAUUGGAAGACAGAACGAAGAGAAAAAAGAAUUGGAUAGAAAAUAUUCAUCAGCAAAGCAAGAAGCAGAAGAAGUUCGGGAAGAGUUGGAAAACCUGAGGUCGAUGAAGGAUGAAAGGGAGACAAUGCUAAUGAGGCUACAGUUGGAAAUAGAAGGACUUAAAGAUCAGCAUAAUAAGUUAAAACAUAGCCUGUCAGAAGAAGAAUUGGAGAAAGAGAGCCUGCGGAAGCAAAUCCUUAAAUUGAAUGGGGAGCUACAGAAGAAGGAAGAUGAUCGCUUGGUCGCAGAUAAUGAGGUCAUUGAUAACUGGAAAGCAAAGACACACACAGAGCAACUCCUGGAAAACUGCAAUCUGACAGAAAUGCUGGAUGAGAUAGCACAGAUCAAGGAAAGGAACAGACGCAUGGAAAGUGAAUUGAAAGAAAUGGAGGUGAGAUAUUCAGACAUAAGCCUCAAAUUUGCUGAGGUAGAAGGAGAAAGGCAGCAAUUGGUCAUGACUGUACGUAACCUGAAAAUUGGUAAGAAGAGCUAAAAGGGAAUUGUUGCUGUAAGACCAGUAAUCAAUGUUGAUUGUUGCUCCUUAUCAUUCCAUGGUGGUAGCAAUCAGGCAGUGUCUCUGGCAUCAGGCACGAAAUUUACAAAUUGAUAAAAUCGUCAGGGAAAAUGCACUAAUAAAAUAUAUGUUUUCCCACCAUGCUGAAAUUUUCCUUAUUGAGGCUGAAGUAUCUAUACUGGUCCUUCUAAAAUGUGAAAAUCGACCUGCUACCGGAUGUACAAUUUGAAAGUUAAUACAGUAAUACCAACCUCCAUUUUUCACAAUGUUGAUCCAAAGAAGUCUGUGUUGCUACCUAUUUGCUGAAUGACAUUUCGCUACUGAUUCCUCAUCUUUUUGUUCAAACGCCUCACACCACCAUCAGUCCAUACUAGCUUAGUUUGGCUUCCACUGCUACUCUUUGCAAAUGACAGUGUCUGCUUUGCCCUUCUAUCGAUGGGAGUCCUUAUUGGAGAAACUGAUGCUUGAACUCUCCCAAUUCUUGAUGCACUUAAUGACCGAGUACGCGGCUUCUGCUUCAUGGGUCCAGAUCUUCUAUCAGGAGUGUGACCUCCUUGGUACUUGAAAAAGUCGAUGACGGAAGGGCUUCUCCUCUUUAUACCUUUAGAUACAUCUAUUGUAUAGCCAGGAGCGGCAGGAGAUGUAUUGCUUUGCAAUGAAAGCUUCCGCAAUCUGCUCCUCUCUCUGAUCCCGUUAAGAAACUCAAUUGUCCACGGUGAACUAGUCUGAGGUUCGGAAGAAUGAAUGGCUUUAGACAUUGGUGUUUCGCUAUCUACGUUUCUAGAGAGUGAUGCUGGGCCAAAAUGUGCCGUCUCUUCAGGAGGCAACCCAACAGAACUUCCUGCCCGACUUCUUUGUGCUGGAAACUCUUUCAAGUCUGCACUCUGGUCUUCGGAAGAAAACUUAAGUUGGUUAUAAUCAUCAUCAUAGAAACCUUUAACGUCUAGCGAACUGCUUUUGCCGUGAUCCUUAAAGGACGCCCAUAGAUCUGUUUUGGGAUUUAUCUCACUAGCCGUUGGGAAGCUAAACAAGCUGUUCCCGCCAUAUGCCAGUUUUCUUGCAGCUUUAGGUUUGCUAAUAAAAUCUUGAUCUUCUUCACGCAACCAUGAGGGGAAAUAUGCUGAAUCUUUUGCAGAGGGAAUCUCAUUAUCCAAUGAGGGACUAUUAGUGAGGUCAAUGAUGUCACCCAUGAAGUCCUUAUGCCGGUUCUCACUGACAUCAGAUCCCUGGUUUUGACUCAAGAACUGAUUCAGAAAAAUCCCUCUGUUGGGCAAUUUGUCCAUUACCUUUGCAGCUCUUGAGUGCCGAGAGGCAUCGUAUGGUUUUGGCACACUACAAGAAUUGACAGCCACAUCAGCAUUUGAUUUUUGCUUCUGGCCAGAAAAGCCUGCCAGAUGUGGGAUAGGCUGUUUCGGCUCAUCCCGAAUCUCCUUUACAUCAGGCGUCCAACAAUCAUUUUUGUCUGCUGGUUGAAACUGCCACCCAUUGUCCAUGCAUAUACCCAUCUUUGGGGGACUAUGGACAUAUUUCUUUCUCUUCCUCUCAGAAUGUGGACUCAUAUGAUGUUUGUUGGAGUUUGCUGCAGAUGAUACGGAGGAGAGGGAGUCUGUCAAUGCAGAUUUAGAAUCCUCCCCCUCACCAUAUUUGCAUAAUGCACUAAACAGUGAUAUGCUUUCUUCAGGAAUACGAUGCUGUUGGAGUGCAAG